AUGAGCGGUGAGAAGAAACGUUAUCGAUGGCGUCAUCGUCCAGCAUUAAUUGAAGAAAAUUUAACAAUUAAUUCACGAUCAUCAAGAACAACAACGACAACAACAACAAAAACACAAGAAGAAAAACAUACAGAAAAUAUUCAACGUAAAUGGUAUAAUGAUAUUGAAGAUGAUACUAAUAAUAAUGAUGAUGUUGACAAUGAUAAAGAUAUUCAACUAUCAAUAUUAAUACCUAAUGAAACCAUUUCAGAAAAAAUUGAUAGAGUCAUUAGAAAAAUUGAUGCAUGGACAAAUGAGACAUCAACAACGACAAAACCUAAUCGUCAAAAUACAAAAAUUAAACAUGGAAUAUCUUUUAAUAAAACAACAAAACCAUUAAUUAAUUAUGAUAAUAUUCAUCGAAGACAAUAUGGUUCGAAUUUUAUAAAACCAAGUUAUAGUUCUUUACUUAAUAAUUUUCGUCGACGUUGUUCAUCAUCAACUUAUAGUGAUGAAUCUAUGAUUAAAACUCCUCAAAUAUCAGCACAUCGACCAUAUUCAAUGAUAUUUAUUGAUGAACAGUCACCAAUGACAUUAAUAAAUGAUAAUAAAUCUUUUUAUGAAGGACCUAGUCAAAGAAUGAGAACAUCUCAUCGACAAAGCUCAUUAGAACCUAAUAAAUAUCAACAUCAACGUCGAUCAAUGUAUUCGUCAACUAUAAAUCCAACAUCAUCAUCAUCAAUGUAUGGUUCAGAUUUCUUCUAUCCAUCUGUAUCUGAACAAGAUCAAGAUCAAGAUCAACAUGAAUAUGAUAAUUUAACAUUUACAGAAAAUUCAUCAUCACAAAAUUAUUAUGAACCAUUUCCAACAAUACUUGUUGAUUGUCAACGUUGUAGUCGAAGUGUUGAUCGAACAACAUCACGUGAUAUAUCCUGUCAAGUACCAUCCGAUGAAGAUAUUUAUCAAGAUAUUCAAAUACAACAUCGUAAAACAUCAAGAUCUUCUCCAAUUUAUAUAUCACCACAAUCCUCACCAAUACUUUGUCAUCCACCUUUAGCUGAUAGUUUAUUAGCACCAUAUCAUUCACGACGAAAAAGUUCGCAAUCAUCAUGUGCAAAUAUUAUGCAUAGUCGAUCAAAAUCCGUUCCAUCAACAUCAUCAACAACAUCAUCAAAAUCAAGUCGAGCACCACAUUUACCACCAUCACUUUGUCCUUUACCAAUAAAUUCGGAUUCAAAUCUUAUUCCAUCAACGAAUACACUUCUUCGUUCAAUAAAAACAUCGAUACAUGCUAUGAAAAAACGUCUAAAAUAUAUUCGACGUUUGUCUGAAUGGGUAUGUAUAUUUGAUGAUGAUGGUAAUAAUAACUAUAGACGUGAUCAAGAGAGUGAGAGAGAUAAAAGUAAAAAAUAA